AUGACUGAUAUCAAGCCGCAAUCCGUUCCCCCUCACCUGCGCCAGCGCGUGACGCAGACCCAAUAUGUUCCGCCUCACUUGCGCAAGGCCACCCACAACGGCUCCGUCAACCAUGAUGGUGGCGUUUCGCUGAACACCAAUGCUACCUCCAACAAGGAGGUCGGCUUCAACGACAAUAUGGCGCGCGACGGUGGUGUUACCCCCAGCCAAAGCUACACGCAGGCUACCACUGCCCCACUAAGCGCUGUAACGACUGAACCGGCUCAAGCUCCGGAGCAGGCACCGCAAGUGAGCCAGACGCCCCAAGCCAACCAGGUGCCGGAAACCAGCCACGCGACUGAAACCAACCAGGCUACUCAAGCCAGCCAAGCGCCGCAAGCCAACCCUGACAUGACCUGGAGCCAGAACCCUCCCCCCGCUGCUCCACAUGCCAUCAUGAACCACCGCUAUCUUCAUAAACAAGACAGCAACGAGACUAAGCCCAAACGUAACACAAAGUGGAUCACCAACAAAGAAAUCAGGGAGAGAGCUUUGAAGGACUCCAACGGGCGUGUCGGUGCUUGGGGUUCCAAUGGCUCCGAUACUGGGUUUGAAUCGAACCCAGCCGCUGAUCCUCAGCACGACAUCAAGAAGCUGGUGGACUGGGAAGGUAAUUGGCUCCCAGGACCCACCGAUUGGGAGUCUCGCCGCAGCUACCGUCACCACAAUUUCAAUGAGGAGAUGAUGCGCUUCGUUUAUGGUACGGAUGAGACAGAAGCCGCCGUCGACAUCACAAAGGAACCUAGCUUCUCGGACGUGCCCAACGGUGAAGUUGCGCCCCGUGUUUGGGCCUCUAUUCGCAUUGAGGGUAGCUCGCUUCAGGAGUGGUGGAACAAUCACGUUGGAAGCUCUUUGGCUGAUCCUGAAAGCAAGGCUUGGUGGAGAAAUUACAGUUCCGAGGACUCCAGCCUUUUGGUUCCCUACGACGUUCCCGAGGCUAAAAUCGACCCCGCCGACGAUGAGGGCCAGAUCCUUCACGUGCACGAUCUUGGGUCUGGAAACGCCUGUGCCAAGCUGAUGGAGAGGAAGAACAAGAAGAAGGCUGAUAGGGAGAGGCGGAACGCUCGCGAACGUGAGCACCUUGCUGCCACCAUUGCCGAAGUGCCGCAUAUCACAUUCGGAAUGACUGAAAAGAUCAAGCCGACGAUUAGCUUGUAUAUCCGUCCCGCCCUUGCUGCCGAUGCCCACCAGAUCGCUGGGAUCUACAACCACUACAUUCAUCACAGCAUCAGGUCGGCAGAAGUCAUGCCGCUCUCCGUCCCGGAGCUUGCCCGCCGCAUCGCAGAUGAGACUUCAAACUUCAUGCCCUGGCUCGUUGCAUGCCAAAAAGGCAAAAGGGCCGGUCGAGGCUACACAAAUGGUACCGAUGCUUCGGUGCUCGGCUUUGCAUGCGCGUCCGAUUAUCUCAGUCGUCAGAGCAUGUACGCUUUCACUGCGGAAGCCGAAGUCUUCAUUCAUCCUAACUACAUUCGAUACAAGAUCGGCAGUUGCCUUAUGGACCGGCUUCUUUACAUUCUCGACCCCUUCUAUUAUGCCAUGGAAGGCUAUCAGUUUACUGGAACCGGUCCUUUCGCUGAUCACGGAGGCGCAAGGGUCAUUGGCUCUGUCAUUAUGAACGUUCCAUUUGACAGGAGGGAUCCUGAGGAUCUGAAGGGCAUUGUAAAGUUUCUCAACAAGUUCAACUUCAAGAAAGAAGCCGAACUACCCGAUAUCGGCGUGAAGAAAGAGAUGAAUGUCAGCUUGGCUACUUUCCGCUACUACACCGGCAACACGAUCGACCCCAAGUCUGCUCUUUUCUCGUAA